AUGACACAAGCCCUCAAUGGCCAAACUGAGUUUGAAAACAACUCGCUCGGUGAGAUAGCCUGGGAAGAGGCUGCAGCAGAGAUUCGUUGCGACAGAAUGCCAAAAUAUCAGUGGAAUAGAUUGACUGUUUUUAUCUUGAAUGAAGGAACUCCAGCAGGAAAGAGAUCUCACAUCAUUGGUUUUGAUCUGAUAAGUGCAGAUGCGGAAACCCCGAACAUCACACUUGGGCAUCGGCUACCAGGAAGCCAAGUAACAAUCAACUUCUAUGGCCAACAUCUGCGAGGAUUUAUAAUAAUUACCGGUGAUAGUGGAAUCCGUGGCUUAUGCCCAGUCUUCAACAGCGAAACCAUCCCAAGUUGGAUAGGUGACUCGGAACAAGAUGAGAUGGGCAUGCAAAUUAUUCUGAAGGAUGAUGUGAAAGCCAUUUCGGCAAAGUUCGAUGGGCACUAG